AUGACGGUAUCCGCUCACAUUGCUGCACUAGCCUCUGCUCAGUGUUUUUUCAACUUGCUGUUCCCUGUCUCUCUUUCAGCGAACCUGCUGGCCAUUGUGAAUGUGUCCCGGGGAAAGUGCGGUCUGUCCAAAUGCGUCAAUCGUUACAUGGUGGGAAUGGCCGCCGCCGAUCUCUUGCUGGUUAUCUCCUAUCCGCUGCUGACGUGGACUGCUUGGAUUUAUUUUCCCGGAUCAUUCCGGUUCAUCACUCCUGUGUGCAGAUUGUGUGGGUGGUUAAUUUUUGCGAGCACUGCGACCUCAGUCUGGCUGACUGUCGCUUUCACCUUUGAUCGAUUUGUGGCUAUUUGCUGUGAGAAGCUGAAAACAAAACAUUGCACCGAGAGAACGGCCGCUGUGGAUAUCGGGACAGUGAGUGGGCUGGCCUGUUUGGAGAGUGUCCCCUGGGGAUUUGUAUACGAGCCUUUGGUAAUAAUGGAUAGUGUUCCCUGGUAUUGUGUUCAUACAUCGAGCUACAAAGGAGCUCCCUCAUGGGCGGCGUUUGCAAUGUUUCACCGCAUUUUAACCCCUUGUGUCCCAUUCUUUCUGAUCUUGCUGCUCAAUAUUCGAACUGUUAGGAAGAUUCUAGCAGCCCGCCGAGCCCGCCGAGCCCGCCGGGGGCUCCGGGGACGAAGGAAUGGAGAGAAUGACAAGGACCGGGAGAUGGAGAACCGACGCAAAUCCAUCGUUUUGCUCUUCAGCAUAUCCGCUAGUUUCAUACUGUGCUGGAUAACACAGCAGGCAUUUUAUAUCUAUCAACGGAUUUCAAUGAGUUUUGUUUAUUAUUCUGUAACAGAUCCCCGCUACCUUAUUGAAGACAUAUCGGGAAUGCUGCAGAUUCUCAGUUCCUGA